CAGGCCCACAUGUUUGGUCUUCCCUGGCCAAGGCAUCCAAAGGCUUAAGAUGAGUUUCAUUGUUCUAUUACAUAGACAGACAGAUUUUGAGUUUCUUCUUGGUAAGAUUCUAUUAGAAAACUAGCAGAUGGAAUUAUAGAAUGUCAGACCUGGAAGUGAACCUAGUGAUCAUCAAUUCCAGUCCCUUCCAUUUACUGAGGGAGGGGAUGAUGAAGCUCAGAAUGAAAGAGAGGCAUGCUUGGAGUAACCCAGCAAGCCCCUACCUUCUCUGAUUUACCAUACUGUGGAACAAUUGUGAUGAAAAACAUUGGUAUUCUUCUGAAAAAGUGAAACUGUGCAGUUAAGAAAGCCAGUUUGGGUGGCAUCAGUGAGUGCCUGUAAACAAAAGGGAAAUGUCUUCCUGUGGAUCUAUGCUAGGGGAAAUUUGGGUAUUUAAAAGUUAACUUCCCUUACACUGGGAGUUCUUAGCCUGGGUUCCUGGUGGCCCUCAGGGAACCUGUGGGCUCCAGAAAGUGUGCAUGUAUCUGCAUCCACUUCCAUUUUUUUCUCCUGAACAGGGAGUUCUCAAGAGUUUUCCAGAUUCUCCAAGACAUCUAUUAUUCCUCACUCUCAAAAAAGAUUAAAAAAAAAAAAAAAGCUGAAAAACUUCAAAGGAAACAAAAUAGCUGACCAUCUUAGGCAAUGUACUAUUUUAAUCAUAGGAAUAUAGUUACCUAUUUCACUAGCUGGUAUCCUAACGCAGAUCAUAUAAAUAAGCUAUGUUUUUGGGAGGAGCAAAAAAUAACAAGCUGAUCAACAUGGAGUAAUAAAAAGUACCCAUAUGUUUCAAUCUCCAGAAGAUUAGUGUAUUGUAAAGAAAUUUUUGCAACAUUCAUCUGUACCAUACCUCAGUAUGCCUAUAGCUUUUUGCUAUCGUAUUUUUUAUGAAAUACUUCUCCAAUACAGUACUUCUACAAAGCAAAAGCUUUAUUAAACAGGAAGCAAUGAUUAUUUGACAUUUGUUUCAUUAACAAAGACUUUUAUUUUCCUAUGUUAUCUUCCCAUCUAAUCUUUUUUUAAUUCUCCCAUUGUAGGACCAGCUAUUUCCUGUGGCCACUGAAAUCCAACUCACCCAUGCCUAUUUCCUGUAAUGGAUGAACUUGAUGCUAAUGUGAGUUCCAAGGAGGGUUUCGGGUCAGUGGAGAAGGUCGUGUUGCUCACGUUUCUGUCAGCGGUUAUCUUGAUGGCCAUCUUGGGGAACCUGCUGGUGAUGGUGGCUGUGUGCAGGGACCGGCAACUCAGGAAAAUAAAAACCAAUUAUUUCAUUGUAUCUCUUGCCUUUGCGGAUCUGCUGGUUUCGGUGCUGGUGAUGCCCUUUGGUGCCAUUGAGCUGGUUCAAGACGUCUGGGUUUAUGGGGAGAUGUUUUGCCUCGUCCGGACAUCUCUGGACGUCCUGCUCACCACAGCAUCGAUUUUUCACCUGUGCUGUAUUUCGCUGGAUAGGUAUUAUGCCAUCUGCUGCCAGCCUUUGGUCUAUAGGAACAAGAUGACCCCCCUGCGCAUCACACUAAUGCUGGGAGGCUGCUGGGUCAUCCCCAUGUUUAUCUCUUUUCUCCCUAUAAUGCAAGGCUGGAAUAACAUUGGCAUAAUUGAUUUGAUAGAAAAAAGAAAGUUCAACCAGAACUCUAACGCUACGUACUGUAUCUUCAUGGUCAACAAGCCCUACGCCAUCACCUGCUCUGUGGUGGCCUUCUACAUCCCGUUCUUCCUCAUGGUGCUGGCCUAUUAUCGCAUCUAUGUCACAGCUAAGGAGCAUGCCCACCAGAUCCAGAUGUUGCAACGAGCAGGAGCCCCCUCAGAGGGCAGACCCCAGCUAGCAGACCAGCACAGCACACAUCGCAUGAGGACAGAGACCAAAGCGGCCAAGACCUUGUGCAUCAUCAUGGGUUGCUUCUGCCUUUGCUGGGCUCCAUUCUUUGUCACCAAUAUUGUGGAUCCUUUCAUAGACUACACUGUCCCUGGGCAGGUAUGGACUGCUUUCCUCUGGCUCGGCUAUAUCAACUCUGGGUUGAACCCCUUUCUCUACGCCUUCUUGAAUAAGUCUUUUAGACGUGCCUUCCUCAUCAUCCUCUGCUGUGAUGAUGAACGCUACCGAAGACCUUCCAUUCUGGGCCAGACUGCCCCCUGUUCUACCACAACCAUUAAUGGAUCCACACAUGUGCUAAGUGGCUGUUCAUCUGUCUCCAGCUUCCUCCUGCUCUUCUGCAAUAGACCAGUUCCUGUCUGACUUUGAACGUGCUCUGUACACAGUACUGCACAGUGGACAUCACCAGGAACUCAAGAAAUUGCCCAUACACAAUGAUCCAGAAUCCCUGGAAUCAUGCUUCUGAUGAUGGACAUGGCCCACAACCAAGCCAUUCAUUCCCAUUCAUGUUUGCAUGAACAGGACACCCUGGCAUCACCCCUGAUCCUCAUCAUCACCAGUGAGGCAUGAGGCAGUGGGGGCCAAGGGCCCAGGGAAGGUACAUGGAGGACAGUGCUAGACAG